AUGUCACAAGGAAGAAAGGCAGCUGAAAGACUUAGUGGUAAGACCAUUUUUAUUACCGGUGCGUCUGCUGGUAUUGGCCAGGCUACUGCUCUAGAGUACCUGGAUGCCUCCAAUGGUAAUGUCAAGCUGAUUCUUGCUGCUAGAAGACUGGACAAGCUUCAAGAAUUCAAGGAAAAGGCGUUGAAGGAAUAUGCCUCGGCCAAGAUUCACAUUGGGCAAUUGGAUGUUACGCAAUUCGACAAAAUCCAGCCAUUCUUGGAUGGAUUGCCGGCAGAAUUCAAAGAUAUUGAUAUCCUGGUGAAUAAUGCUGGGAAAGCUCUCGGGAGUGACAAAGUCGGUGAGAUUGCCACUGCCGACAUCGAGGGCAUGGUUAAUACCAACGUUAUCGGUUUGAUUACUGUUACGCAGGCGGUUCUCCCUAUUUUCAAAGCCAAGAACUCUGGUGAUAUCGUCAACUUGGGGUCUGUCGCCGGUCGUGAAGCGUACCCGACCGGAUCCAUCUAUUGUGCGACUAAGCAUGCUGUCAGGGCGUUCACUCAGAGUCUGAGAAAAGAACUCAUCGAUACCAAGAUCAGGGUCAUUGAGAUCGACCCAGGUAAUGUCGAGACCGAGUUCUCUCUAGUGCGGUACAAGGGUGAUGCUGCGAGGGCUAAGAAAGUUUACGAAAACACUGAGCCAUUGUACGCUGACGACGUUGCUGAUCUUAUCGUCUAUGCCACAUCAAGAAAGCCCAACACUGUCGUCGCCGAUGUCUUGCUCUUUGCAACCAACCAAGCUUCGCCAUACCACAUUCACCGUGGCGCUCAAUAG